UGACGUAAAUUUCAAAAUCUAAAAAAUUUUCAAUUUUUUCACAUGAACACUUCAUAAUAUUAUUUUGAUAAUACCCACGAAUUUAAUAAUCUCGAACACCUUUCAGGUCAAAUUGAUGUAAAAUCCACGAUUUCACAAAACAUGCAUCUCAAUUGAUCGGUCCAUCUAUCGAAACGCGAGUGUAGAAUAAAGCUGACUCAAAAUUGCAAAAAAAACUUCGAGAAAAAAAAAAUCAAAUUUCCUUCGAAAUUAGUUUGUAUGAAUUCAUAGAAUGUUUGGGGUAAAAUUGCCAUCACGAAAACAUUCUUCGACCAAAAUCAAACACAACUUUCAAGACAAAUAACACUUGCAUAGUUUUUUCAAGUACCUAGUUUGUCAGAACAGCAGCACUUUCAAUAUCGAGUUUGAAUGAAAAGUGAGAAUGUCUUUUUAAAUUUCUCUGAUGAUAUCUUCAGAAACGACUUAUUUCUUAAAAACAUGAUGAUAGAGCUCUUUCGUAUCCUCAAAAGAAAAAAAAAAUGAUGGAAUUUUUUUUUUAUGAAUUCGAAAACAAACCAACAGAAAUCAAAAAAUUGAAAACCAAUCUGGACGUAAGAUGGUAGGUGUUAGAGAUUCUGAGUCGAACCUAAAGCCAUUUAUCGUCAAAAUCACAGAUUGAGGGAGUACUUCCGAAAGCACAAAUACAAAUUUCAAGAUCAUCAUUAUCGAUUCCAAAAAUCCUCCAAAUGAUCUCAGCAGUUAUCGUCCGAUCAUUUUAUUAUGCACCACUUCAAAAAAUUUUGAACGAAUAAUCUCGAAACGACUACUUGAAUACAUUAAAACGGAAAAAUAUUAUCCCACCUUACCCAUUUGGUUUUCGCGCGAAGUAUUCAUCUGUCUACCAACUUCAACGAGUAUGCAAACUAAUCAACGAAAAGUUGUGAAAACUGAACCAAAUACAUAAAUAAAAUUGAUUGAUUGGUUCCAAAAAUUUAGAAAUGUUGGCCAAAUAGUGAUUGGAAUUCACAAAAGCGGUGAAAAAAUUGGCAUCGCUGAAUUUCAAAAUACUCGUAUUCCCCUCCCUUCUUCUGUUUCGAGAACGAUAUCUCUAAAUAUUUUUAUGUAAUUAGUUUUUUUUUUUUUUUUUUUUUUUUUUUAUUAUCUUGAAAAUUACAACGGCCAAUAUAGCCUCAAUUAAUUAGGGUAUUAGUUUAGAAUACAAAAAUAAAAUAAAUAAAAAUAACAUUACAGCUACACCCCAUUGGGUGCAACUGAUUAAAGGAGCAGUAAUAGAUAUUAAAUAAUAUUAAUUAUCUAAAUCCAAAACAUGUUUUCGUUUGAGCCUUCUUAAGGAAGUACUAUUGUCUAGCAGCUGGAUUGCGUUGAUAUUGAUGUGUUUUUCUAGUCUUCUUUGGUAGCUGGAGCUGAAUUUCUUGACAAUUUCAUUCACAUUAUCGAUUUCAGUGUACUUGUGGAUGAUAUCAUUCGUUACAUACCAUGGAGAAUCCACCAUAGUUCGUAGGGCUUUAUUUUGAAAUCGCUGGAUUAUGUUUAAAUUAGAUCUGCUAGCAGUACCCCACAAUUGAAUUCCAUAUGUCCACACAGGGCGUAUCAUAGAUUUAUACAGUAAUAGUUUAUUAUCUAGAGUCAGCUUUGACUUUCUUCCUAAUAACCAAUACAUUUUUUUAAAUUUCAAGUCAAGUUCUUUUCUUUUUUUACUGAUGUGCUCCCUCCAUGUCAGAGAAUGAUCAAGCUGCAUUCCUAGAUACCUCACUGUAUCUUUUACUGGUAUCAUAAUGUUGUUGAGAAAUACUGCUUGUGGAUUAACUUUUCUCUUGGUAAAAAUUAUAUUCGAAGAUUUGUUUGAAUUAACUGCUAUUCUCCAUUUGAGUAGCCAUUUUUCUAUGUCACAGAGAUGUUCUUGUAAACGAUUGGUUGCUUUACAGAUGUCUUUAUCUCUUGAUAGGAUAGCAGUAUCAUCGGCAAAAGUGCAAAUUUCUGUAUUGUUAUUUACAGGAAUAUCAGCUUGUAAUUAGUGAGGAGUAUUCGUGUAGAAAGUAUUUUCAAAACACGAAUUAACGCAACAAUUUGCAUUCGUAAGAUUCUCUCUGUUCAGAAGUAACCGAAAAGUGGCCCUGGAUUUUCAUUGCAAUGACCUAGGUACAGGUCAACGCAGAAGGGCCUCUGUACUUUUUUCAGACCAGGUUGGAAUAGCGGGUAGAGCAGAAAAACCACGAUUUUUCCAAAAAUGCCAUAUCGUUGAGAGCAUUUAUUCCUCUUCAGGGCAGAGAUCCUUCUGAGGGUAAAACUGUAUAAAGGGUCGCUUCCAACUCAAAAUGAAGGUCUCGGACGUUAUUAAAAAUGAAAUAUGUGCAUCUUUGUGUGGUCAACUUGCACUACAAAAUUGAUGAAAUAUCAUCACUUUAUCAAAAUUCUGUAAAAUAAAGCUAAAAAUUCUCAACAUAUUUUGAUGAAAAAUUCGACGAAAGUAGGUACAUCAAAAUUGUUGGAAAUCGCGAAUUAUUUUUAAAAUUCCAAAUGUGCCAAUGAAAUGUAGCCUUAUAUUAUAUUUGAGAUUUUUUCAAUUGAACUUCCCAUAAAAUGCACAGAAUAGUGGUCGAAUUAGGCCAUAAAAACCAUACUUAUACAUCAUACAGUAGGUACAAUAAAAAUUUCGCAAUCAAAGAGUUAUUCAGCUUUAAGGUUCCGUGUUCUAUGUUUUACCUGCGCUGCAUCCUAACCCAUUGGUCAUUGUUUUCCAGGCAUAAAGAGUGUUCCUAGAAGUGAAUCCCAUUCAUGUAGAGUCAGGAACCGAACCAUUGUUUUGAUCGCCAGAAACAACAAUAUAAAUGAACCUUUGUACCUGUUUUCAAUAGCCAUUGCAUCCACAUAUGUACCAAUGGGUAGCUAAUAUUCACGCAACAUACGCGUUCAAUUCUUUUCAACUGAAAAGCUUAUCGAUACAGAAACCUGUUCAGGAAAAAGUAUAAAUACAAUUUUCGAUACAUUCUCGAUGCUCAUUUCGUAGUCAGUUCUCGAAGAAGAAUAUUAUUCUAAAUCGAUUUUCAUCAUUUGUAAGUUCGUGUGUUUCAAGUGUAAAUUUUAUGUUUUUGUUCAUUUUUGAAAUUUUUUAUUAGUAUAAAAUCAUUUGUGGGUUCCUGUGUUUUUAGUGUAAAUUUUGCGUUUCUGUUUUGUAUUUUCAAUUAUUUUUUUUUACGUGUCGUUGAGAUAAUACAAGUUACACAAAAAUGAACUUUGAGGCAAUCAAAGGACACAGCCGAAGAAUUUUCAGAAACCAACGUACUGGUACUUUGCUGUUGGCUUUGAACACCAGGAAGGAGAAGUUCCAAAAAGCCUCGGUUCGUGUGGCAAAAUCCCGUAGCAAACUCCACCAGACCAAGACCAAGCUUCAAAAAGCUAUCGCGGAGUACAAAAAACUCGAAAAAAAAGUGCUCCAAAAGAAGGCGCAUUAUGAACAGACCGUGCAACAGGUUGAGACAGUGAUAGAGGAAUCACGCAAUCCCUGCUACCAUAAAUCGGAUGACGAUGAAGUAAUCCUGUGGAAUUGCUCGACGUUUGUAGUGCCCUCUGCCAAAAAACAAAUCGAAGUUAUCGAUACAGAAUUGUCUGAAACGAAAUUGAUUGAUUCCAAUGGGGAAAAUUCGGAGAACAAAUUCCUCAAUAAGAUCCCAGUGCCUUGCAGCGUCAUGAUCUGCAACAUUGAUUCAUCUGGCAGCAUUCAACGGAACGGAGUAGCCAAACUCGACAUCUCCAAAAAAUGCUGCAUUUGUGUGGAGAAGACAAUCAAUUCGAUAUUUUAUAAGUGUAAGCACGAGUCCUGUUGCUUCGAAUGCGCCACAAAUGCCACGAGGUGUCCAAUAUGCAAUUGUCCGGCGAUUAGAGUGAUAAAAACGUAUGCUAUGUAAGAUAUUUUUUAUUAUGUAUAUAAGUAAUUGUUAUUAUUUUUCAUGUUUUUAUUGAUUUCAAAUUUAAUUUAAGUGAAUAAUAUUUGUAAAUAUGUAUGUAAGUUAUUUAUAGUAGUUUUCUUGUUUUUUGUUAUUUUUUAUUUAUUGAUGUUAAGUUGAUCAUAUUUUUGUACAUAUUUGUAUGUACCUAUCUACGAUUUUUUUUUCAACUUAAAAUUUUUGAUUUUGUUUUUGUAAAUAUUUUCAUUUUGUAUGUAAAUUUAAUGUGUAUAUAAUGAAAUACGAAUUUCAAUUCAACCAAUACAUGACAUAGAUUUCGAACUCAUAAAAAUUUGUAAUUUUUUGAAUUGAACACAUC